AUGUCGAACCCAUUCUCAAGCCCGUUUGGCGCCAAUGCCAACCCUUUCGGCACCCAGCAACCGAUGCACAGUCUGGCUGAAGAAGUCGACGAGAACGAUCCUAGUUUCGUCCCCUCGGGGCCUUUCGGCGGUGAUGCAUCAGCUGAACCCCCCUCAACAGCCAAAGCCCCACCGAAUGCUAGUGAUAACUUUCCUCCCAAGUACAACGUCAACAGGCGCACAUCGGUCUCAGCAGAAUCAUUGAAGCCAAGUGCGGAUACAUACGACAACUGGACGCCUCCAGUCCACGAGAAGACACCGGACCAACUUGCUCGUCUCAAAAAGGCAAUCGGGGGCAACUUCUUGUUCAGUCAUCUGGAAGAUGAGCAAAGCGAGCAGAUUCUCGGGGCACUAGUAGAGAAGCCCAUUCCUGCCAAGGGUAUCAAGGUCAUUAGCCAGGGUGAUGCUGGUGAUUUUUUCUAUGUUGUUGAGAAAGGCACAUUUGAUGUCUACGUCAACAAAUCUGGACAGCUUGAGCCUGGCCCGGAUGGUAUGGGGGAUCAAGUCGGCAACAUUCAAGCUGGCGGGUCCUUUGGCGAGCUUGCGCUCAUGUACAACGCGCCACGUGCUGCAACGGUGGUUUCGGCCGAAUCAGGCUGCACUCUGUGGGCCUUGGAUCGUGUGACCUUCCGCCGCAUUCUUAUGGAGUCUACGUUUGCGCGAAGGCGAAUGUAUGAGAGCUUCCUUGAGGAGGUACCCUUGCUGGAACCGCUCACCCCUUAUGAAAGGUCCAAGAUUGCGGAUGCUCUGGAAACGCGAAAGUUCGCCCCUGGUGAACUCAUCAUCAAAGAGGGCGACCCUGGCCACGCCUUCUAUAUCCUCGAGAGUGGCGAAGCCGAUGCUUACAAAGGCGAAAUCGAUAACAAGGUUCGGCACUAUAGCAAGGGCGACUACUUUGGCGAGCUGGCCUUGCUCAAUGACGCUCCCCGAGCUGCUAGUAUCGUUGCCUCGUCGGAUGUCAAAGUGGCAUCUCUGGGCAAGAGCGCGUUCCAACGUCUGCUAGGCCCCGUCGAAGAUAUCAUGCGACGCACAAAGUAUAUAGAUGCCAAACCCGGGGUUGAGGAAAUGGAUCCCCUCGCAUCAGGUUAA